AUCGCGUACCGGCGCCGCGAGCUCGACGACGACGGCGCCGCCGCGCGGUCGUCGGACCUGCUGUCGAUCCUCGCGCGCGACGCGACGCUCGAGGACGCGGACAUCCUCUACAUCCUGUUCGACCUCAUCAUCGCCGGGUCCGACACGACGGCGUCGACCAUCGCGGCGGCGCUCUUCGUCCUCCACGAGCCGCGGCACGCGGCGGCGCUCGACCGCGCGCGCGCCGAGGCGGCGACCCUCGGGGACGACCUGGCGCUCGACGCGGUGCGCGACGAGCUGCCGUACCACACGGGCGUCGCGCGCGAGGUGCUGCGGCUCUUCCCGCCCGUGCCCUUCAUCGGGCGGACGUCCGUCCGAGCGACGGACCUCGGCGGCGCGGUCCCCGAGGGCGCGACGAUGUGCUGGUCGCCCUGGUUCCUCGGCCGCGACCCGGCGGCCUGGGGGAGCGACGCCUCCGAGUUCCGGCCCGCGCGCUGGCUCGACGACCCCGUGACCGGCGGCGCGCCGACGACGUUCUCCUGGCUGCCGUUCGGCGCGGGGCCGCGCGGCUGCCUCGGCACGCGGCUCGGGCUGACGGAGUCCAUCGUCGGCACGGCGCGGAUCUUGCGGGACUUCGACCUCGCGUUCGACCGCGCGGGCGAGGAGCUCAGCUUCAAGUACGACCUGACGCUGAACCUCGGCGCGAGUACGACGUGCACGGUGUCGCCGAGGGGG